AAUAUGUCCGUGCAGACCAACAACGGAAGGCUCACAGAGGAGGAGAAGCUACGCAUCUGCCACACAAUAGACCUUACAAAGCUCUCGCAUCACCUUCUCAUGCAACUCGUCCAAAACUCCUCCUUUCCACUCCGCUUUAUAUUAAAAGCCAUGCUCCACUCCCACCCCCCCACCACCACCACCAAAACCACCACUCUCAGCGACUUGCUCGAUCGCGAUGCCGCCGCCCGCCAAGCCUCCAACCUCGCCAUUCGCAUUGAAAGCCUCGAACGCGACGUUGCCGGCCUCCGCCGCCAUCUCCGUUUAUCCGAAGAGAAACAGCUCGAGACGGAAUCCGCCGGUCAAACCAUAAGCUUUCGGUUUAUUCAU